AUGUAGUCAUGAUUGAAUUAAAAAAAUCAGCUGAUGGAUACGUAUAUGCGUGUAGCCCUGGUGCGCUCGAUUGUUCUGUUAAUUAAUCGAUAUUUGUUUUGCACGUACUGGUAUCGAUAACAAGCAGCUGUUGUUUUAUAAUACAUGCAAUGCAAUAUUUUGCUAGUUAAUAAAUAUAUAAAGCCUGAAAGAAUGUUAUUAACGCUGCGUGUGCCAGGCUCCCGCCUAUGUUUGGGUCAACAGCGACGUCGCUUGUUAGCUAGCAGUGUCGCCGAGGAGGCCAAGAAACAGUCAACACAACACCCGUUGCAAUUGGAAAUCAAGGGACACUCAUACCCCACAGACAGCUGGACGAAUGUGACUCCGAAAAUACUAUCAUAUCUAGGCUUAAAUAAACAUCUUCAGCGAGACCAUCCAUUGUCGAUAAUGCGCCAACGCAUUGUCAACUAUUUUUAUGGCGCCUAUCGCAAUCAGCGUGGAAAUCCUCUAUUUUCCGUAUAUGACCAGCUCAGUCCUGUGGUCACGGUGCAGCAGAACUUUGACAAUCUACUUAUACCCAGCGAUCAUGUGAGUCGUCAGAAAUCGGAUUGCUAUUAUGUGAAUCGGGAACAUUUGUUGCGUGCCCAUACGACAGCUCAUCAGGUGGAACUGAUUUCGGGUGGAUUGGAUAACUUUUUGGUUGUCGGUGAGGUGUAUAGACGGGAUGAGAUCGAUAGCACACAUUAUCCGGUCUUCCAUCAAGCGGAUGCAGUGCGUCUGGUCACUAAGGAUAAGCUGUUCGAACGUAAUCCUGGUCUGGAGCUAUUCGAGGAAACGUGGAGUGGUUCGUUAGCAGAUCCGAAACGCAUUUUACCCUCGUCCAAGUGCAUGGAUCAAACAAAACAGCCAUGUCACACUCUAGAGGCUGUCAAACUGAUGGAGCACGAAAUGAAGCACGUCCUGGUAGGUCUUACCAAGGAUCUUUUUGGCCCCCGCAUCAAAUAUCGCUGGGUGGAUACUUAUUUUCCAUUCACUCAACCCUCAUGGGAACUGGAGAUAUUUUUCAAGGACAACUGGCUGGAGGUCCUCGGUUGUGGUAUCAUGCGCCACGAGAUUCUGCAAAAGGCGGGCGUGCACCAAUCGAUUGGCUAUGCGUUUGGCGUAGGUCUGGAGCGCCUCGCUAUGAUUCUAUUCGAUAUACCAGACAUACGGUUGUUUUGGUCGAAUGAUAGCGGCUUCUUAUCACAAUUUAGUGAACAGGAUCUACAAAAUCUGCCAAAAUACAAAGCUAUCUCACAUUAUCCGCAAUGCUCAAACGAUUUAUCCUUUUGGCUGCCAACCAAUGUGGAAAUCGACGCUGGAUUUUCAGCCAACGAUUUUUAUGAUUUGGUGCGCACUAUAGCUGGGGAUGUGGUAGAGCAGAUAAGUUUGGUGGACAAAUUCAAGCAUCCAAAGACAGGAAAAUCGAGCCUUUGCUUUCGCAUUGUUUAUCGUCAUAUGGAGCGCACCUUAACUCAGGCUGAAGUAAAUGAAAUACAUAAACACAUAGCCGAUGCCAGUGUGGAGACUUUUAAUGUGCAAAUACGCUAGUCAUAGUUAAAUAAAAUUGUUUUU